UAUAUAUAUAUAUAUAUAUAUAUAUAUAUAUAUAUAUAUAUAAACGAAACACGGCGAUUCCAGCAUCAUUCACAAAUCUUCCAAGAACAUGCAGAGGACCACGGGAAAGAAACGGGGACGGUUCAGUUAUUUUCGACACUUGCUGCUUUGAUUGAAAUUUAAGACAAAAUACGGGACUUUUUAAAAUGUUCAAAUAAACAAACAAAAAACGGAGAUGCUUCACAAUAUUAGACAUCAUUAGGAGAGGCGUUUUUUUUUUUUUUUUUUACCCGACAGGAAUAUCGAAAACCUUUUUCUUUUUAACCGAAUUUCUGCACGUUUUGUAUUACAUUUUCUGUAUUUAUUAUUAUUAUUAUUAUUAUUAUUAUUAUUAUUAUUAUUAUUAUUUCGGGAGUGGGGUUGUAUAUUUUUAAUAUUUGUGAAAUAUAUUUUGAUAUGACCCACUCCCACACAGUUUAUUUAUUUGACCCCCUUCUUUCACAAUCUGGAAUGCAUAUAAUAAUUGUAUGCCUUCUUCCAUUAUGUUUUAAAAACCUAAGUUUCGUUUCAUAAUUUUGUAUAUUACGUCUUUUGUAUUUGUGCUCAAUGAAGCAGGAUAGCGAGGACUGCGGCCUAGUACAAUUCGACCACAUUCCAUGCUUGGAUGUUAUAUUAAUAAUAAUACAAUUUCUGUAAAAAAAUAUUACACACAACUGACUUUUACUGUAGUACAGCCAAACGAAGAACCGGUAAACAGAAGCUGGCGCACAUUUUAUAUUUCAUUUGACUUCAUUUGAUGUGGCAAUUUUAUAACGAAAAUACGAAAACAUAAAACAACCACCUCAAGUUUGUGGUAACUACUGUCAGUUUCAAAGUACAAGGAAAAACACCGACCAACUUUGAAGUCUUUUAUUAAAAAGGAAUUGCAAAAAACAGUGCUGCUGAGUAUGGAUCUCUCGGUGGCUCAGGGCUUGCUGAUUUGUCUGCUCAUCCUGGUCCCGCUGCUGUACGAGUGGAUCCCCUCCUUCAAGUUCUUCUGCAAGAUGGCGUUCUUCUACAGCUGGAUCCUCGCCCUGGCCGUGCUCGCAAUACCCAUCUGCGCAGUGAGGGGGCGCAACGUCGAGAACAUGAAGGUGCUCCAGUUCAUGUUGCUCCACAUCAAGUACCUGUACGGGAUAAAGAUUGAUGUGAAGGGCUGGGAGAACUUCCCUCUGAAGGAGCCCUACGUGGUCGUGUCCAACCAUCAGAGCUCCAUCGACCUGCUGGGUAUGAUGGAGGUGCUGCCCUCACGCUGUGUCCCCAUUGCGAAGCGGGAGCUCAUGUACGCCGGCACGGUUGGUCUGGCAUGUUGGCUCGCCGGCGUGAUCUUCAUAAACCGCAAGAAGACGGAUGAUGCCAUCAGCGUGAUGUCAGAGACAGCGCAGACCAUGCUCAAGGAAGACGUGCGUGUGUGGGUGUUCCCUGAAGGCACUCGGAAUCAGGAUGGGUCGAUGCUGCCGUUCAAGAGAGGAGCCUUCCACCUAGCAGUGCAGGCACGGGUUCCCAUAAUUCCAGUUGUGAUGUCGUCCUAUAAAGAGUUCUACAAUAUAAAGGAGAACAAGUUCACCACAGGGACCUGCGUGGUGCGGAUCCUCCCCAGGAUCGACACUAAAGGCCUGACUCCGGACGACGUUGCAGAUCUUGCGGACCGCACCCGGCAAACCAUGCUGUCCACCUUCCUGCAGCUCUCCAGCACCCCCUGCCCUGCCAGCGGGGAACAUGCGGGACACACGCCGUGCAGCGCAGAGAGAGAGACCCACGACGUGCAGUGAGGAGACGCGCAGACACACCAACAUGCAACCCCAUCCCGCCUUUCCACGGGAGACACCUGCCAGCUUCUACAGUGCGUGAGAGAGGAGAGGGAGAGAGGGAUAAGGGUGGCCGAUCUUAAAAUUGAGAAAGGAGUCAAGCAGACAAACGUUUCAGGCAAUGCCUUCAUUAGAUGUUUAUCUGUAACUGUAUCAUAAAUCUGUGAAACUGGAGAAAAUUCAAUGCGGACAAGCAUUUCCGGCUAGUGCCUUCUAGGGGUGUAUCAAUGAAUCGUGAUUCUACGAAACCAAAAGCACCACAACAACAUAGCUCAUUGUAGUUUACCAAAUGGGUCCUGAAUGAAGAGAAAGUAUCUUUUUUUUUUUUUUUUUUUUUUUUAAACAAAAUGGUCUGUCGUUAAAUAAUCAUUUGAUCUUCUACACAUCGUACAAGCAGCCAAACAUACGUCCUGAUACGUAUCGUACUGCGAUUAUUGUUGUUAUUAUAGGCAGUUUAUCCAGAACUUCAAACACUCAGUUUUCCAGUAUCUCUCCUACACAUUACACUGAUGAAGGCAUUAAACGUUUGCUCUUACAGUUUCACCUCAGUAACACUGAUGAAGGCACUAGCUGAAACGCUUGUCUGCUUGACUCAGUUUCUUCUAGUUUCUGUAACACUGAUGAAGGCACUAGCUGAAACGCUUGUCUGCUUGACUCAGUUUCUUCUAGUUUCUGUAACACUGAUGAAGGCACUAGCUGAAACGCUUGUCUGCUUGACUCAGUUUCUUCUAGUUUCAGUAACACUGAUGAAGGCACUAGCUGAAACGCUUGUCUGCUUGACUCAGUUUCUUCUAGUUUCUGUAACACUGAUGAAGGCACUAGCUGAAACGCUUGUCUGCUUGACUCAGUUUCUUCUAGUUUCUGUAACACUGAUGAAGGCAGUAGCUGAAACGCUUGUCUGCUUGACUCAGUUUCUUCUAGUUUCUGUAACACUGAUGAAGGCAGUAGCUGAAACGCUUGUCUGCUUGACUCAGUUUCUUCUAGUUUCUGUAACACUGAUGAAGGCAGUAACUGAAACGCUUGUCUGCUUGACUCAGUUUCACUAGUUUCAGUAAGACUGAUGAAGGCACUAGCUGUGUCUGCUUGACUUCAUUUCUCUUGAGUUUUUUGAUGAGUGUUUAUGAAGUGCUUGAAUCUUUUUUGAUGUGCAUUACCAGAAGGGUGUUGUGAUCAGUCUCUUCAAAACCCACAAAUACUCCCCUUUGUACACAGACACAAGACAGCAUGGGUAAUGUUUCAGGUACAAGAGAGAGAACACGAGAGAGAAAAGGAUGGAAGGGACACGGGGCUGGUUGAUCACCCAGUUUGUUUACAUUCUCCCAAAGAAAGGUCGUGUUUUUUUUUAUUUAUUUAUUUUUUUAGCUGUAAGGACACAAUCUUCCUCCCCCCUUUGAAACCUGCUUGCCACUACAUGUCUGUCACUCUGUGAGCCAAAAAUCAAGUACAAUAGUUUUGCCUUAAUAGUUUAAUGGUUAGAUGGUUAAAUGCAUCAUCUGAAUGUUCCUGAAAUGUAGAAUUUCUUUCCUUGAAGCUCUUACUGAGUGUGUGUUCUCUAGAAGGACCUAUUUCUGCUAAGUUCUUUAUUUAACAGGCUUGCUGACUGCUCCGGGAAAAACUGCUUCUGCAAAGAUUCCUCUAGGCUGAUUGUUGGGAAGUGAGGAUGGGAGGAAGAAUAUUAGCAAGGCUAAUAUGCUUCCCCACCCCAGCUUGCAAAAGCAGUCUUUUUGGAAGCAGUAAUAGUAAACAAGCUAGUUCAGGAGGCAGGACAGACCUCCCCCUCCCACAGCACAGACCUCGGGACAGAGAGCAGCAGGGUGGAGCUGAGGGGGGCACAUGUAUAGCUCUGAUAGUCCAGAAUUAGACGUUUAACAGUUAUAACUAGGGCUUCUGUUUUUGGGGUUUUAUUAAUUGUAUUUUCCGGUGCUUAUUUUUAGCUAUUUGAGUUUUAUGUAAAUCGUUUUUUUUCGGGGCUUUCGUUUUUGAUAUACUGUAUGAAAUUAGUGUUUUCGGUUACUUUCCAAAAUGCUUUUUUUGUGUCAAAAUACGUAUAGUAACUGGACAGUACUUGCACACUUAAGUUGUACCUUCUUUCCUUUGCUGUCUUCCACAACUAAAUCCCUGUGGUCACGGGCAUAUUCUUCUGGGGUUUUUGUGUGUAGGCAUUUUUGUACAUUUCGCCACAAUUCUUUUUUAAAUCCUCCCAUAUUUUAACUGUAAUACAGCUUUAAAUCCCGCUAACAAGCCUCCAUCCUGAUUGUAAUCUCGUUUUAAAUCUCGCAAGCGGAGUCUCCAAUAGAAAUGUAGGAAUGUUCUGUUACUCAGUAGUUGGGGUGGGUUUAAAGUAUUCAGAACGAAUCAAUGAUAGAUACAAGUCAGGAAGGCGGGACAUAGUCUAGCAGCACUGGAAAAUAUGUUUAUUAUUAUUUUUGUAGUAGGUUUUAUUUUUUAAUGGGAAAAGGGUAAAGUCAACGUGACUCGAUUAACCAUUUCCACAGGUGUUUAUUGGCUAGCCACCGAUUUCAUUAUUUUUUUUGUAUCGGGGGUAUUUUAUCGGUUAAAUCCGAAAAUCAGAAGCCCUAAUUAUAACUCGCAUGUCAGAAAUGAACCAAUCACAGUGAAGUGUUUGUCAAAAUUCCAGUCCAUCUUAUCCUGUGUGCAGGUGUCAUCCCGAGCAUACAACACCACACCUGCUGCCAGCGUUCAAAAAUCAAAACUAAAUGCACAUCAAGGUACCUUUUGUAAAAUGGAUCGUCCAAUUAACUGCACGAGAUGGCACCCCUUCCACAUCCUUCCACCCUACACACGGCAAAUUCAUUCUGAUAGUGGUCUUAGCAGACAGAAUGGCACCAAGCACUCCCAGUGAGACUGGGAAUACAAGCUAGAUGAGCCACUUCAGCAGAGCAGCUCAGAGCUCCAACAACUGAUCUUUCUUUACAUCUGUAUAUUUUAUAUUUUUUUACAUUUUUAUUUGCCUUCCUAUUUUCUGUUUUGUCUCGGUGUGUUUUUAAUAUAUAUUUAUUCGUAUUUUUUAAAAAUAUGGCGUGUACCAUGUGGUGUUUUGUUUUGAAUAUUUUCAAUUUUGUUUACACAUUUGUGUGUGUAGUUCUCUAGAUGUACGGAGCCAGCACUGUGAUUCAUCGCAGAGCGCUGUAGUUAUUAUUCCAGGAAUGAGCAUGAGGCUAAAUAACCUGAAAGUGAAAUACAAACACAGCAGCACUGUCAGUGCUCUGAAUGCCCCUGGGGCAGUCUGUUUAUAUAACAAGUACAAUAUGUGGGAAAAGUAUGUUUAAACCUCCGGAACUAAAAGUACUGUACUAGGAACUAGCUAAUACAUUAAAGUACAGGGAACUCAGUACUGUACUGGGGAUCUAAGAGACAGCUAAUCCAAUACAGUCUAGUCUACACAACUAACAGCACUACUGUGGAUCUGAGAGACAGCUAAUGCAAUACAGUCUAGUCUACACAACUAACAGCACGGUACUGUACUAGUAACUCUGAAAGCCUGCUAAUUCAAUGCAGUCUAGUCCCAGCUUUAUUGAACAUUGACCAUAACCCUACUUCAUUGAAUGGGCGCUGGUUUGUAUCUUGAGUGCAUGAGAGGGUGGGUGUGUUGCAGUCUAGCAGUGGCUCCAGAAUGCCAUGCUGACAGAACCUCUCCCUAUUCCUAGAGACUGUGUUCUAGCCUGGAGAGCGGGCAGGGCUGCUGCAGUACCGUUUUUAACUAGAUUCAUCAGUCAGGCCUGUGCCGGCGCUGUGCUGUUUAUUUGGUGUUUUAUGUUUUAGUUUUAGUAUUUAUUUACACUGCAGCGUGCCAAAAUUAUGCAUGAAAAAAAAUCAGUAAAAACUGAGCGAGGUCUGAAAAUCCUGGGUGACUUAAAAUUGUAAAUAAAAUAAUGUAAAAUAUAUAAAUUAAAUCUAUAUUUAUACCUCCCAAUUAAGGCAACUUUUUUACCAGUCCUGAUCUGCUCCUGUUGUGUAAAUUGUGUAAAAUCUACUUCAGUGUAAAUUGAAUAUUAAGCCCCUCCCCCACGCAUCUCUUAAAUUCCCUCUGAGACCAACAUGCUGUAAAACUACCAGCCGCCUUGCAGCAAAAACACCUGCUCGAUUAUCCAUUGAAGUCUAGUCAAAUAAAUGAGAUAACCAGGAUGGAGACAAGACUACCUUUGCAUAGCCAUUUCUUAUCUAGAACUUUACUAAUUAAAUGUUUAUUUAUAACAAGGAAUUUUCAGUGUUUAAUAGGAAGGCCACUUCCUGUAAAUUCUCAAGUAUGCAGUUGCAAUCUGGCUGUCAGCCUCCGUGUUCACACAGCAGCAGGUGUACAGAGUUGGCCAGUUUGUUUCAUACUUAGUUGAGUGCUGUGCUGUCUUCCACACAGAUACAUGCUGCAGUCAUUCACACAGCGGGACGGAGGGCUUCUCAGGAAUGCUCUUCUCAUUGGUUAUAGACAUGUCAAACAGUUUAACCCUGAAGUUUAAAUGCUUAGGAUAUUAAAUGGAAACUCCUAACUGAGAUCCAUCAUGUCUGGUAAAUGUAUUUGUGUUUCUUUUUUUUUUAUUGUGUUUUUAUCUUGUGAUUAUGGGGAUGUGCUCACGUUUCUUUCUUUCUUUUGUUGUUGUUCAUUGCUUGUAUUUAUUAUUAUUUGCCAAAAAAAUGUGUGUUCUUGUAUAACUUUUUUGUUUUUGUUUUGAUAUACUUUUCUGUUUUGGAAAUAGAGAGGCGGGGAGGAAGGUUGAUUUUUAUCUUUAAGUAGCUUCAGGAGUACUUUCCAUUUCUUUUUAACAUUCCCCUUACUGGUGUUUGCAGUCAUUCUGACUUCUUCUGUUGCUCCUCAAUGGAAUCCUUCUCACUUCUCUAGAUCUGCCUUUACCUGGCUUUGAGCUGCUUUGAGCUGCUUUGAGCUUGCCUGGAGAACCCCAAGUGCCAGGCACUGAACAGCCUUCCUCAUUCCAUUCAAGUCACAUGACAGUGUGACCUUUAAACUCUGCUCUGCCUAUCUGCUCUCUGUAUCCAUGUAGAGAAGGGUCUGGGUUAGAUCCAUGUGGAGAAGGCUCUGGGUUAGAUUGAGUCCUAUUGUCACAUGAUUGUGCUUUUUAUAUGGUGCUUGCAUUAAAAAUGUAAACUGCCUUUUUUAACUUUGAUUUUCUAGUAUUUAGACACGGACAGAGAGAGCUAGGGUAGGUGGGAAGUAAUGCAAGUGUUUGGACAGCCAGAACAUAAAUAAUACAAGACAAAAACUAACCGGACAGCUUCCUCUGUUCCAGUUUUUCUUUGUUUCCUUCGCUUGUGAAGUCCAAGCUAAACAAUCGAUGUACAGACACCUGCAGCUCAUGGUUGGCCAAUGUGGUAUAACCCUGCUGUCGCUGUUACCUACUUGUGGGAUCAACUAUUUAAGUUUGAUGUUGGGCAAUCGAAAACUAACCCUGGGUUGCUGUUUAAUGGAUUUUGUCUUUUUUUUUUUUUUGUAAAUUACUUUUUGAUCAGUGUAAGUAUGCUUGUUGCUCUGGACAAAAAAAAACAUGAAGACUUCUAAAGACUGCAUUAAGUGGAAAUGCCUUUUUUGUCCUCCACCUUGGAACUUUUUUUUCAGUGGAUUUGGACGAUUUAAAAAAACAUUUUAAAAUAAACUUGAAAGAUAAUCCAUUCAGUUCAGAAUUAUCUUUGCACUGGACAAAGGACCUAACUCCUCCCUCAUCCAACCCCCAUAGGAUGCUGCCACCAUUCCGUCACUGCAACCCCCCAAUAAGAUUGAACUGUAAAUAUUACAAGCUCUUUUGAUUGGGUGUUUGGGACCAGGUAAUUAGCAUUUAGGGGGUGGAAGAGCCAGUGAAUGCAAUUUUAAAAAGUGUAACCUAUAAAACUAAAAACUACACCUACCAGCAUGCAUCUAUCCUCAUCGUAACAGUGAGGACUGAUGGUUGCUGAAGAAUUGCUACUGAAAUAAUCAGGAGAUUGCCAGUCGCAAUCUGAACAGUCAGUAAUCAGAAUGAAAACUACAGCUCCUAGCAUGCCUCUGCACUAGCGGGAACAGAGGGAUGAUGGGAGCUGUAGUUCUUUAUACAGGUAGCUGAAGAAGUAUUACUAAAAUGAUACAUUCUUAUCAGCACCAGUAAUAUUAUGACUGCCCCCAUUAUGCUGAUGAUCUCCGUUUCUUUGCUUGUAUUUAUAUACUUCAGUUUGAAAUACACAGAUAUUUCACCAACAACGCUAUAGAUAAAAAGGUACUGCUGCUUCCUGGUACCUAAUCACUUCCUGUUGUGCUGGAGGUCAAACUCCCUCAGAGGGUCUCACUGCAAUCAGACUGUGUGACCUACAGCACAGCAACCAGCUUCCCUAAAUCUCCCUUCCAUGUGCUACGCAGUCUCAACACACAGUUUUGAAAGAGACACGUGCUAUAGUCCCACGCUUCCUUGGUCACCUGCAGAGUGAAAUCAUCCACGCCUUCUUACAUUAACCAGCCAGCUGCUGCUGCUUCCUCCAUUGCAACCCCAAGGAGACUAGGAAGUGAAACAGAAACAGGCUUCCGGAAAGUAAGGCAUGCAGAAUUUGGUGUAGUACAAGAUACUGCCCUGUGUGUUUCUUAACUGCACGUGAGACCUCGAAACCCUUAUAAGUUAUACUAUGCGUUUAUCACAGCUUACCAUGGUUUACUAUGUUUAUGAAUAUGCCUUACUGUACUUGUCUGUGCUUUACCAUGCUUUUACUAUAUGUUAUUACACCUUGCUGUGCUUUUACUGUGGGAGACAUUUAUAGGGGUAGUGAGACUGGGAGGAAGAUGGAUUAAUGAAGGCUCCUGCUGGCUCUGCUGCCCCUGUGGUCCGGCGGUUGGUUUUGCAGAAUGCAGUGUGCGUCUCUAUUGCAUUGUGCAGUAUUGUCUUGACAGGUUUCUGCUGUAGAUUGUGCCUGCUGUCUGCAUAUAGACUUUGUGUGUAUAUACUUGUCUAGGGACGUCCUGUAUACAAAUGAUAUACUGUAUAUGUUUUAUAAACUCUGUUGAAAGGGA